AAACAACCCAGAUUCCACCCAUGGUUUUUCCCUUCUCUCCAACUAUAUAUAUACUCAAAAAUUCACGGGCAUGUUUCAACCAGCCCCAUUCACUGCGCAUCCUUCACAUUCUUCUGGAAUUCCACAGCUCAUUGUCGCUGAUAUCCUCUCUGUCUUCCGAGCUUCUUGCAUCUUGCUCUGCUGUCUCUGGGGCAAGGCCUUGUUUUCAAGCCUGCUUCUCUGGAACACAAGGAGAGGUUUCAGGGAAUUCCCACUACUGCCAUAUAAUCGGACAUAGGAGAUUGCCUUGAGAUUUGGUGGGUAAGGAGAUGGAGAUUGAAUACUUGUCUAGCGAUCAAGGGACUGACAAUGAAAGCACCAGGAGCUCCAGAGUCUCCGGCAGAAGUAACAAUAGUAGCAGGAGAAGUGCAAGAUUCAAGGAUGAGGACCGCUACGUUGAGAUUACCCUGGAUGUUCGCGAUGACUCGGUUUUGGUGCAGAACGUCAGGAGUGCUGAUACAGAGGGACCCUUUUUAGCCAACCAACUCGAAAGGCGGCCUUCCUUUGGCUCACAGCUCUCGUUUAAGCUAAGACAGGUCUCGCAGGAGCUGAGGCGGAUGACUUCUUUUAGCAGGCUUCACAAGGUUGACCGGAGCAAGUCUGGUGCUGCCCGUGCCUUACAAGGCCUGCGGUUUAUGAAUAAAAACGUGGGAAGUGAAGGGUGGAUUGAGAUUGAAUUGCGCUUCGAUGAAUUGGCUGUUAAUGGAGCACUUCCUAAAUCCCGGUUUGGCCAAUGCGUAGGAAUGAGUGGAUCAAGCAAAUUUGUGGAUGAGUUGUUCGAUGCACUUGCUCGUAGGAGAGGCAUAACGACAAUGUUCAUAACUAAGGCUGAGCUGCACGAGUUUUGGCAACAGAUUUCUGAUACCAGUUUUGAUGCUAGGCUGCAAACCUUCUUCGACAUGGUGGACACGAAUGCAGAUGGAAGAAUCACAGAAGAAGAUGUGAAAGAGGUCAUUGCACUAAGUGCUUCCGCAAAUAAGUUGUCUAAGAUCCAGGACCAGGCAGAGGAGUAUGCUGCUCUGAUCAUGGAAGAGCUAGAUCCAGAUAACCUCGGAUACAUUGAGUUGCACAACUUGGAGAUGCUACUUUUGCAAGCCCCGAAUCACUCGACCAACCGUGCCUCAGAUAGUCGCAUUCUCAGCAAGCUACUAAGCGAAAAGCUAAUCCCAACCAGGGAACCAAACCUAAUAAAGAGAUGCUACAGGCGCUUUGCCUAUUUUGUCGAGGACAACUGGAAGCGAAUAUGGAUCGUGGCCCUGUGGCUCUCCAUUUGUGCAGGGCUUUUCACAUGGAAAUUCAUUCAGUAUAAACAUAGGGCAGUAUUUCAUGUCAUGGGCUACUGUGUCACCACUGCAAAGGGUGCUGCCGAGACGUUGAAGUUCAAUAUGGCUCUCAUUCUCCUACCAGUAUGCAGAAACACCAUUACAUGGCUGAGAAGCAGGACAAAAUUGGGAACAGUAGUUCCCUUUGAUGACAACAUUAACUUCCACAAGGUAGUUGCCCUCGGAAUUGCAAUUGGAGUAGGGUUGCAUGCGGGUGCACAUUUAACCUGUGACUUCCCCAGGCUACUGCAUGCUACUGAUGAAGAGUAUGAGCCUAUGAAGCCAUUUUUCGGUGAUGACCGGCCUGAUGAUUAUUGGUGGUUUGUGAAAGGAACCGAAGGUUGGACUGGUGUCGUGAUGGUGGUGCUCAUGGCCAUUGCCUACACAUUAGCUCAACCAUGGUUCCGCAGGAACCGGCUAAACCUUCCUAAAAACCUCAAGAAGUUGACAGGGUUCAAUGCCUUUUGGUACUCUCACCAUCUAUUCGUUAUUGUCUACAUACUCUUCGUCAUCCAUGGAUACUUCCUCUACCUUUCCAAGAAAUGGUACAAGAAAACAACAUGGAUGUAUCUUGCUGUCCCUGUUAUACUGUAUGCAUGUGAGCGCCUGAUUCGAGCAUUCCGAUAUGGUUCUAAGACAGUCCACAUUCUAAAGGUUGCUGUCUAUCCCGGGAAUGUGUUGGCACUGCACAUGUCUAAACCUCAGGGAUUCAAGUACACUAGUGGGCAGUAUAUAUUUGUGAACUGCUCAGCUGUCUCCCCAUUCCAAUGGCACCCCUUCUCUAUAACAUCAGCUCCAGGAGAUGACUAUCUAAGCAUCCAUAUCCGAACCUUGGGUGACUGGACCUCCCAGCUCAAAGCUGUCUUCUCUAAGGUUUGCCGUCCUCCAAGCAGUGAUCAAAGUGGCCUACUAAGGGCUGACAUUGCCAGAGAUCUUUACGAGCCCAGGCUGCCAAGGUUAUUGAUUGAUGGCCCCUAUGGAGCUCCAGCACAGGACUACAAGAAGUAUGAUGUCCUCCUCCUCGUGGGUCUUGGCAUCGGGGCAACCCCGUUGAUCAGCAUAGUCAAAGACGUGCUCAACAACAUCAAGCAACAGAAGGAGAUAGAAGAAGAGACGGUAGAUCAAAGCGGCGUUAAGGGUAAUAAGAGAAAGCCUUUUGCCACUAGACGGGCUUACUUCUAUUGGGUUACUCGCGAGCAAGGGUCAUUCGAAUGGUUUAGAGGGGUGAUGAAUGAGGUGGCUGAGAAUGACCAAGGGGGGUUGAUCGAGCUCCACAACUACUGCACCAGCGUGUAUGAAGAAGGAGAUGCCCGGUCAGCCCUCAUAGUGAUGCUUCAAGCGAUGCAGCAUGCUAAAAAUGGGGUGGAUAUCGUCUCAGGAACAAGAGUGAAGACUCAUUUCGCUAGGCCAAAUUGGCGCAAAGUUUUCAAACAUGUUGCUAUUAACCACAGCGAUCAACGAGUUGGAGUGUUCUACUGCGGUGCGGCUGGGCUGGUCGGAGAACUGAGACAGCUAGCUCAAGAUUUCUCCCGGAGAACAGACACCAAGUUUGAUUUCCACAAGGAAAACUUCUAGCUAGAUUGAUAUAUUAAUUUCAUGAUCCAUACUAUAUAUAUAUUUGCUUCUCUUCUCUCAACUGUAUAUCUUCCCCUAUAUUUCCUGUUGUAGUUAAGAUAUAUCAUAUAUAUAUAUAUAUAUAUAUAGCACUUUUGUUUUCAAUUUUGUUCCACCAUGGCAAAUCAAGAGCGGUGUAUUAAUUCUUUAAUUUCUGGUUAUCAUUCUUAAAUCACUAGGUUAGGUAAUUGGGUUUAAUUUCCCGGCAAAUUUGUAUAAGAUUUGAACAUUUAGCAAAGACUGCUUACUGCUCAAACUGAUGAAUGCAGUCAAUAAACAGCACGCU